AAACCAUUCAGCUGCACAGUCUGUAAGAAAGCUUUUUCACGGAGUGGAAAUUUAAAGGACCACAUGAGAGUCCACACAGGAGAGAAACCACACAGCUGCUCAGUCUGUAGGAGAGCUUUUUCACGGAGUGCACAUUUAAAGAAACACAUGAGAGUCCACACAGGAGAGAAACCACACAGCUGCUCAGUCUGUAAUAAAGCUUUUUCACAGACUGCACAUUUAAAGGCACACAUGAGAGUCCACACAGGAGAGAAAGCACACAGCUGCUCAGUCUGUAAGAGAGCUUUUUCACGGAGUGCACAUUUAAAGAACCACAUGAGAGCACACAUGAGAGUCCACACAGGAGAGAAAGCACACAGCUGCUCAGUCUGUAAGAAAGCUUUUUCACAUAGUGGAAAUUUAAAGACACACAUGAGAGUCCACACAGGAGAGAAAGCACACAGCUGCUCAGUCUGUAAGAAAGCUUUUUCACGGAGUGAUAGUUUAAAGACACACAUGAGAGUCCACACAGGAGAGGAAAAAUAGAGCUGCAAUGUUUGUGACAAAAGAUUUAAAUGGAAUAAUCGUUUCAAAAGACAUAAGUGUGUUGGUCGUCAGCUGCUUCUGUAACUGUCAGGGAAUACAUUUGUCUAUGUUGUAUCCUGAUGACCUCAUGCCGUUACAUGUAAUAUGUUACUCCCUAAGCCUGAUUUCCCCCACCUUCAACCGAUUCGCUAAUAAUCACAAAUCUUCAUUUUCUUUGACCUCUUGACUCGACUAUUUCUUGUUUAAUAAUCGUUACAUCUCCUCAGGACCAAGUUCCUGUGUCCUGCCUUUCACCUGCUGAUCACCGACUGCUCAUUUAAGGUGGACUCACCUUUACAAGGGACCAGCUAGUCUUAUGGCGCGUUUCCACUGCAGGCCUCGCUCGGUUUGGUUGGGCCUUAUUAGGCCCGGCUCACUUCAAUGCUGCGCUUCCAUUACAGUUUAUGAACUGGGGUAGUUACUAUAGUAACGCAGUGUAGGCUACAGACACAAAACAUGGACAUUACAAUAACAAAAAGAGACAUUCCUAUCUCAGACAAAAAAAAAACAGAAACAAAAAUAAUAAAUCACAGUCAGUUGGUCACUUCAACAUUUCAUAAACAAAACAAAAAAUAGGUUGACAGUACAAUAUCAUCAAAAGCAUGUAUUAUUCCUUUUUAUCCCACUCUUCACUAGAGCUGAUUGUUUCCCAUUUCAUGGUGUGUUGAGCCAUCCUUUGAUUCUUUGUGGCAAUCAUCCUUUCCAAAAUAAAUUUUGUUUUUAAUCUACUUUUCACACACCUUAAAUUCAGAUUUCCCCUUAAUUGAGCUUUGAAAAUCAGUAUUUUUGCCAGAAGAAUAAUUGUAUUCAUCAACUGUGUAUUGUCCUCAUCCAAAAACCCAAACAAAAGACCAGAGGGAGUAAAUGCAAAAUCAAUAUAAAGUGUCUUAAGCCCAUUUUGAAUCUCAGUCCACAGUCUUGCAACAUAUGGACAAUACAAAAAAUAAAUGCAUCUGGUCUUGCUCUUCCUCCUCACAGAAUCUACAAAGUGGUGACGGUUCAAUAUUAAAAGUGGUGAGUUGUUUUUUGUAGCGAUAAUCUUGUAAAAGAUCUUCAGUUGGAAGAUUCUUGAAUAGGAAUCAAUUGUUGUUUUGUAUAUGGUUCUAAAAAAUGGUUUCCUGGGUAUCAGAAUAUUAAAUUAUUCUUCCCAGAAAGAACAGACUGCAUGAGGAAAAGCAGUAAGGCCCUUGCUCUGUAAACAGUGAUCAUAAAUGAUUCUAUUUAUUUUCAUUUUUGAAAACCAUUUCUGACUUCUUGUUGUCGGUUUCCAUCUUUUUUUUAUUUGCGUUUCCAGUUAGUUGGAAAAGCUGAAAGCAGCUGGUUAAAGUGAAGGAAAUCACAUAUCUGACCAUACAUACAGCGAAAACACUGAUAUGAAAUUAAAUUACCUGUGCUAUCUAGUAAAUCAUUCAUGAAAAUAAUUCCCUUUCUCAGGAGACUUUCCCAUAAUAGUGGUUUUCCAUCUACUUCUGAGUGCAACCAUACUAAUUGAUUUUGGAUUUAUUCUGGUGUAUCUGGGGUAAUACUGGAAACUCAACCAAGCCUUCAAUGCAUCUCUAACAAAUGGUGAGAUUUCUACUAAUAUGUAUUUGAAUAACCAUCACAGUGGUGAGAUUUUAAUUGGAAAAAGGGAAACAGUUUACAGUCAAAAAACAAGUGCCCUGAAAAUAAGUUCUGACUUGUUCUCCAAAGACUAUUAUGAUACAUUUUAUUAAUCCAAGAUGCUUUUAAGGAUGAAUUCAUUGCUGCCACCUUUUUUAAGUUUAG